AUGCUCUUCAAAGCGGUGCUCAGCUUGGUCGCCACUGCGGCUUGUGUCGUGUCGGCGGACGCAGACGCGAAUGAGCUCACAGGAUAUGAGUAUGUUGUCGUCGGCUCCGGCGCCGGCGGCGGUCCUCUAGCGGCGCGCCUGGCCAUGGCCGGCCACAAGACGCUGCUGAUCGAGGCCGGUGACGACCAGGGCCAAAGCACCAACUACUCAGUGCCCGCAUACUCUGCGUUGGCCUCCGAGGACCCUGCGCUGUCGUGGAACUUCUUUGUCCACCACUACGCCGACGAGCAGCGCCAGGCACGCGACUACAAGACGAGCUAUGAGACGCCUGACGGCGGACUAUACACGGGCCUCAACCCGCCUGCCGGCUCCAAGAUGAAGGGCACUCUGUACCCGCGUACCCAGACCCUCGGAGGGUGCACCGCUCACAACGCCCUGGUCGCCAUCUAUCCGCACCGCUCCGACUUUGACUACAUUGCCCAGCUCACCGGUGACGACUCGUGGCAGGCCAGCAACAUGCGCAAGUACUUUGUGCGCAUGGAGAACAAGAACUACGGCCUGCCGAUCGACUCGGGCCAUGGACAUGACGGCUGGCUCAGCACCGAGACCACGAAGCUGACGCUGGCGCUAGAGGAUCCCCAGCUGCUGAGCAUCUACACCGGCGGCGCGUUUGCCUCGGGCAAGAUCCUCCCGUCUGUCGGUGACCUGGCGUCCCUGCUUCUCGGCGAUGCGAACGCCGAUACGGAAGCUCGCGACAAGACCAACUCGUACUAUCUAGUGCCCAUCUCCUCGAAGAACGGCGCGCGUGUUGGUUCCAGAGACUUUGUCGUCUCUGUGCGAGACGCCAAGGAUGCGCAUGGCAACAAGAAGUACCCUCUUGAUGUGCGCCUAAACUGCCAUGUCACAAAGGUCAUUAUCGAUGAGAGCGGCGACAAGCCACGCGCUACAGGUGUCGAAUUCCUUGAUGGGCAGUACCUCUACAAGGCCAGCCCUCGGUACGGUACCGCCGGCAAGGGAAAGCCUGGUAAAGUCAAGGCCAGUCGCGAGGUCAUCAUUGCGGGAGGUACAUAUAACUCGCCGCAAAUUCUCAAGCUCAGCGGUAUCGGUCCCCGUGAGGAGCUCGAGUCGUUCAAGAUCCCCGUCGUGGUCGACCUGCCCGGCGUCGGCGGUAACCUCCAGGACCACUACGAGAUCAAUGUACAGGGCAAGGCGCCCAAGGACUUUUCAGUCCUCAAGGGCUGCACAUUCAACCUGAACGGCCAGCACGAUGCUUGCCUGGACCAGUGGGAGAAUCCGUUCCUCGGCGACCGCGGCACGCUCGCGACCAACGGCCUGCCGGUGGCCAUGUUCCACAAGAGCUCGGCCUCGGAGGACGGCGAAUACGACAGCUUCAUCUUUGGCGGGCCCGUCAACUUCCGCGGCUACUUCCCCGGCUACAGCGUCAACAUCACCGCGGACCACGACUGGUUCACGUGGGCGAUCCUCAAGGCGCACCCGCGCAACAAUGCGGGAACAGUGCGGCUACGCUCCGCCGACCCGCUGGACGUGCCCGAGAUCACGUACAACUACUUCGACACGGGCGUCGGGGACCACGCCAAGGACCUGCAGUCGCUGUACGAGGCGGUGGGUGUGGCGCGCCAGGCGCUCGCCCACCAGGUCGUGGGGGUGCGCGAGGUGCUGCCGGGCAAGGAGGUCACGAGCCAGGCGGACAUUGAGCAGUACGCCAAGGACACGGCCUGGGGACACCACGCGUCGUGCACCUGCCCGAUCGGGGCGGACGGCGACAAGAUGGCGGUGCUAGACUCGAGCUUCCGCGUGCGCGGCGUGGACGGGCUGCGCGUGGUGGAUGCCUCGGUGUAUCCGCGCAUCCCGGGCACCUUUACGGCAGUGUCGACGUACAUGGUAGGCGAGAAGGCGGCUGAUGUCAUUCUCAGCCAGAUUCAGCAGUGA